ACGAAACAACUCCCGAGCAUCCCCACUUGGCUAACGUUAGCUACUGUAACAUUUGUUUGACUUUUCAAACAUAUUUAACAAUGGCGGGUUCUGUAUCAAACGUGGAGGUCUGUGAUUUUGCGUACACGGGACAGUUUGAGAAGUUAAAAGAGUGCAUCCUGGCGGAUAAAUCGCUUGCAUUCAAAACAGACCAGGACAGCAGAACCGCCCUGCACUGGGCUUGUUCUGCUGGACACACCAACAUUGUGGAGUUCCUGCUUGACCUGGGAGUUGAUGUGAAUCUGCAAGACGAUGCUUUGUGGACCCCUCUUCACAUUGCAGCAUCUGCUGGCAGAGAAGACAUCGUGUUAUCUCUGAUAUCCAAAGGAGCUCAGCUGAAUUCAGUUAAUCAAAGCGGAUGCACCCCUCUGCACUACGCCGCCUCCAAAGACAGAUAUGAGAUCGCCCUGCUGUUGUUGGAAAAAGGAGCAGACCCCAACGUCCGCGACAAGUACGAGUCCACGCCUCUUCACAGAGCGUCUUCCAAGAGCAACCUCCGCCUCAUCCAGCUGCUGCUCAAACAGAGUGCCUCGACCAACAUCCAGGACUGCCAGGGCAACACACCUCUCCACCUGGCGUGCGAUGAGGACCGCGUGGAAGCAGCCACGGUGCUGGUGGAGCACGGGGCCAGCAUCUACAUCGAGAACAAGGAGGAGAAGACCCCCCUCCAGCUAGCCAAGGGCGGUCUGAGCAACAUACUCCGGCAGAUUGUAGAGGGAUGAUUAUUUUCACCAGCCCUCGGGGUCACGCCCCAGCUCGAGUCCCUGCCGUCGCAAGUUACACAAUGAGAGUCGUCAUCCCAGUCGGUCCUCCCUGAGCGGCCUGGUGUGACACAUUCACAUGUGUAACAGGUGGAAGGUGAGAUGGAGGAAAGCUGGACUGUACUGGGUCGUUAUCAGCUUCUCGGAUGGGGGGCAGUGAAACUGCUCAGACCUCAGAUGUCUCAAUAAAAACACUCCCUAGUGCACUAACUGCGGUCUAUUCAACACUGCAGCCUAAUUUCUUGCGAUCUCUUUCUUUUUACGUUUUUGAAUUGUUGCAAAAAAUGCCCUAAUAAAAACCAGUGUUAAGCCUG